GUUAGAUGUGCCACACUAGAAAUUCUUACUUCAUACUAUAAAAUCAUCAAAUUACACAGUUUGUUGGAGAUUGUCAAUUAUUUAGUUCGGCACUCUGUCCAAGGGGAAAUGUAAUAUUACAAGGAACGGCAUUGCAUGGACGACAGCUGCAUCAUCAUGCAUUAGUCUAAUCGCAUACUCAUUGGCUUCUAAAAAAUCGAAUGAUCUUUUCGCCGUAGUGAUAAACACGGAACACAGCGACAUAUAAUGCAGAUAAAAAGACGUGGGUACUGACAAGAAAAUGAGGAAGUGCGGUUUUAUAUCGCACAACUCAUUACAGUUUUAUUUAAAUUGUUUUCUAACAAACAUUAAGAUGAAGACUGUAUUUUUGAUAUUAGUAUUUUACUAUACUUUGAUCACCUACGUUGAGUGUAGGUAUCUGGACAAUAGUGAACACGCAAGCAAAUUUCACAGUGGUGGAAUCGUUACUUAUUGGCCCACCCCUAGUCCUGCCGGUAAGGUCGUUGAAGAUGAAGAGAAACAACCUGGAUUUAUGAAGCGCCAACUAAUGCGUUUUGGUGAACUCGCCAGCAACAUGGAAAAUACCCUAGGCGGCCACGCUGCAAAAAUCACGUCAGCAAUCGACAAGAUCUGCGAAGUGGUGAAAACGGUCAUACCAGUGAUUGCAGCCGUGUGUCACGUGGGACAGUUCAAAUUCUGCGCUGCAUCCACAGAGGGUCCCGAGCAACUGGCCCAGGCUAUGAAUGGGAUUGAUCUUAAUAUUCCCGAUUAAAACAUAUUAAAAGGAAAUUUACCUCUCUUACUUCAAUAAAAUGGUGAUUAACUUAGUUA